AUGGAUGUGGGAUGGACUCAGCCAGAGCAAAUGACUCCGGCGGUGGGGUGGGAUCCGCGCGUCGGUCUGAUCGUGUCCGAUUGGUUCCAGAGCAGCAUAGGUACCCGAUUGCUGAGAGUGGUGGCAGGGGCAUUCGAGCGCUUUGGGCUGGAGCUGGAUUCUUCAGCAGGGGCGUCGUGGUUCUACGAUGUAGAUGGGUCGAGUGUGUCGGAGCUCAAGUGGAAGAUUUGGACUAUGGCAAUCGCCCACGUCCUCCGGGUUCCCAUCCCGGAGAAUUUCUUGCACCUCUUCAUCGCUGUGGACUAUUUCAUGCGCCAGCGAGGUCGCUCCAACCAGCAACGUUAUGGUGACCGGAAACUGCUGUCCUUCGUGCUCCCUUGCCACUACGCUGUACUCAAGCUUGAAGAGCUCAAGGAGAGAGACAUUCAGACGCCAGCCACCGACGCGAUGUCUUCAGAGGAAGGAAUUACACAUCUUGUGUCGCUCAUGUCUAGAGUUCCCUGUACUUUCUCGACGCGAACAUGUCUUCUGGAUGCCAUGCGCCUGUUUGAUGUGAGCGAGCAACUCUGCGUGCUCUUCUUCGCGUGGCUGCAGCUCCAGGUCCAGGUAAACAAGCAGCCGCUCGAAUGGCUCGACGCUUUCCUAGCUCAAGCCAAAGCUGGCGGCGGGGGGCACCUGGGCAACGUCUUGCUCUUCUUCCUAGACACGGUGCACGCAUGCAGAUUUAAGGGUUUCUAUCUGCUACCCAGGGAGAACAUCGACAGGGUCUUUAAUGUUUGCAUCAAGGAACUGCCGAUGGUAGAGUGGCAGUCGAUCGACCUCACCCCCGGCGUCCGUCAGGUGUUAGAGGAGGUGGACGCAGAAGUGACGCACAAAUUCGAGUGGGACAAAAGCCUUCUUUUACCUCUGGAGCGUUGGGUGCAUAGGAGGUCGCUCGUUUACCAGCACAGGCCUCGCGAAAUUCCAUACGUUAUGGACUUUACGGAUGCAAGCUUGCAAAUUGGCCGUCUGAUCUACACUUGGACACUGACGAAGAAGGGGCAGCGGGACCAUGCCGAGCUCCAGACGCUGUGCUCGACGGGCAAGUCGAUCGUGGAGCACGCACAGUCGGUGCCAGUGGGAAGCAGCGACGAGCGCCAGCUCUACCGUGCCGCCGCUGCCGUUUUCGGCAAGGAUCUUAGCGGCCAUUUCGUGCAGCUAUGCAGGAACGCGCAGUGGGAGCCGGAUGGGGUCCCUUGCUCGCAAUCCGAGCUGGGAGAAAUAAGGGAGCUGGCAUGGAGAGGGCUGAUUUUAAUCUUCAAAUUCCAGUCCAGAGUUCCGGAGCAUUACUUUGACGGCGGCCCUAAACAACUGAGAAACAAAGUGCCGUUCGGUGCCAUGAUCGUCUACAUUGUUCACGUAAUAUUUGAGGAUCACUUGGCUCUAGACAUUGACUGCAAAACGUGGACAGAAGAGUAUGGGACUAGGAAGAGAUGUCUAGCUCUUGAGAAGUUGAUAGAGUCUCCCAAAAUACAGAGGGCCCUGGGAGCCAGCGCUGAUGAAAUACGCAAUGCUAUCGUCAAGCAUGCAGCCCUUGAGGAAAGCAUGAUACCAUGUUCUGAUCUGGGAUACUUGUGUUCAGUCAUUACCUGCGGAGUAUUUUCUAAUGCUUUGCUUUCUCUUUGCAAGGACAUGAUGCUUGCUGGUACUGAAACUUCGGCCAUCACCACCGAGUGGGCACUUUCAGAGCUCAUGAACAAUCCAACAUGUAUGAUCAAAGCCCAAAAAGAGAUUGACACAGUUGUGGGCCGCGAGCGGAUGGUGGUGGAAGCCGAUCUUUGUAAGCUUAGCUACAUCAACAGUGUUGUCAACGAAGUGUUUCGCUUGCAUCCGCCAGCGCCAAUGCUACUCCCUCGCCAUUCAACGCAAGACUGUCUAGUCAACGGCUACAAGAUCCCCAAGAACUCGCGAGUUUUGGUCAACGAAUGGUCAAUUGCACGAGAUCCAAGCUUGUGGGAGUCUCCCAAUCUCUUCAACCCGGACAGAUUUGCGGAGAGCUCGAUCAGCUUCAAGGGGAAGAACUUUGAGCUGCUGCCUUUUGGAUCUGGUCGAAGGAUCUGUCCCGGAUUGUCUCUUGGCGUAGCCAUGGUUUCGCACACUCUUGCUCGCUUUGUCCAUGGGUUCGAGUGGAAGGUCAGUGGCAAGGAGCUGAGCAUGGACGAGAUCUCGGAAGGAGUGGCGGUGAGACGAAAGGUUCCACUUGAAGUUUUUGCAACACCAAGGCUUGCAAGCCAUGCCUACCUGUAA